CUUUUUUCAGUUUAGCAACACCGUUUAUAAACAUAUUUUUGAUGACUGCAACACUGGAAAUGUCAUCUCUCUUUCGCGUCUGUGUUCCGUUUCCGUUGACAGACCUUUCGGUCCAAAAUUCCCCAAAAUGAAGGCUAAAGGAGAGUUGAAGGAAUAUGAAGUCAUCGGGCGCAAGCUGCCAUCCGGCAGCGAGCCAAAGCCGCCGCUAUACAAAAUGAGAAUCUUCUCUCCGGAUCCUAUUGUAGCUAAGUCCCGUUUCUGGUAUUUCUUGAGACAGUUGAAGAAGUUCAAGAAGACUACUGGUGAAAUUGUCUCCAUCAGGGAAAUUCCAGAGAAGAGCCCCAUCAAGAUCAAGAACUUUGGUAUUUGGCUGCGUUACGAGUCCCGUUCGGGCGUGCACAACAUGUACCGCGAGUACCGUGACCUGUCCGUCGGCGGCGCGGUCACUCAGUGCUACAGGGACAUGGGAGCCAGGCACAGAGCGCGCGCUCACUCUAUACACAUCAUCAAAGUGGAGGUAAUCAAGGCUGCCGCGUGCCGCCGGCCGCAGGUGAAACAGUUCCACAACAGCACGAUCAGAUUCCCGCUGCCCAAGCGCGUGCAUCACUACAAGCGGCUCAACACCUUCGCAUACAAGAGACCAAGCACUUACUUCUUGUAAUUUUAUUGUAUGUGACUUUAAUAUUAAUAUCCAUUUAAUAUGGAAAACA